AUGGCCUCUAAUGACAGCUCAUCCCCUGAUAAUUCUGCCGACCAGGCUCUUGCCACCACCUCACCACCGGAAACUGCACCACGAACCACCCCAUCUUCCAAUAUGUUGAACCAAGCUCAUCACUACGUCUCCAUUAAGCUGACCGCCUCGAACUUCCUGUUCUGGAGAGCGCAGCUUGUGCCGUUCUUACGAGGUCAGAACCUAUAUGGUUUCGUUGACGGCACCACCGCUUGUCCGCCGGAGUUCAUGGCUGCGUCGUCUUCCGAUGCCCCUCCGGCCAUCAACCCUGCGCAUGCUCUAUGGAUCCAACAAGAUCAAUCCAUUUUGAGCAUGCUAUUUUCCUCCCUUGCCGAAGAAGUUCUCUACUUGGCCAUUGGCCAUUCAACAUCGCGAUCGUUGUGGACUGCCGUCGAGACUGCGCUUGGUUCUUCAUCGAGAGCACGAUCCCUAAGCCUUCUCACCCAACUCCAGAAUCUGCGCCAAGGUGAUUCCUCCCCUUCAGACUAUCUGGGCAGAGCUCGGGUUCUCAUCGAACAGCUCAUGCAAGCUGGCCGGCCGGUCUCCCUAGAUGAACAGAAUCUUCAUGUUUUCAGGGGGCUCCGACCGGAAUACCGUGGCCUAGUUGCUUCCUUGACCGCAAACAGCAAUCCCUUAACAUUACCGGAGGUUGCUGAUCUUCUCGCCACUCACCAGUACCUAUUUCUAGAAGAUGCUCAUUCCGCCGCUGCUGCUCCGCCGGCGGCGUUCUUCAGCCAGCAGCCACCGGUCGCUCGUGGUCGCGGACGAAGCCAUCGUGGACAGCGGGGGAGGGGGCAAUGUGGUCGAGGCAGUAUACGGUGUCAAAUUUGCGAUAUCCCGGGGCAUACGGCGUUAACGUGUUAUAGACGUUAUUCCGAUGGCACUGGCGGCAACCCUCCACCUCCUGCAGUUCGUCCUCAUGCCCCGCAUGCAAAUGUGGCUCUUCAUCAAGAUGAUUUGCAUUCUGCUCCCUUCACUAAUGUCUGGUUACCAGAUACAGGAGCGAACGCUCAUGCUACUCCAAAUCAGGAUAUAAUUAAUGACACAGAACCAUACACCGGCACAGAACACUUAAAGGUUGGCGACGGUACAGGAUCUGGUCACCCAUCAAACGCUCCUUAG